GCAGGCAGGCAUGUGGGAGGGAUCAGCAGGCGGAACGAGGCAAAACCCUAAACAGUCCCCCCAUUCCCACAUUUACAGCUCCAACUCUCUGUCCUGCUGGCUAGAGACGACGGAAACAGAAAAUUUUGGAUUGUUUUAACAUGGCAUCUGUGAAAACUGUGCUUUAUUUGGGAGUCUGUCUGUCUGCUUGGAUCAUCACUUCUGCAGGUGGCAACCUUGUGCCCAAAGCCGAGAAUGUACGCUGGGUGUCUCUGGACUUUAAAACCAUCCUCACUUGGACAGCCAAACCAUCUAACUACAAAUACACUGUCAUGUACUCGCGGGCUGGCGGUGACUGGAUGGACAGUCAGCACUGCAUCCGAGUGUCAGAGUCAGAAUGUGAUCUGACCUUUGACCUAGUACCUUACGACAGGAGCUACACUGCUGAUAUCAAAACAGAGCCUGAGACUUUGGACUAUGACUAUGACCUAGAGGACUUCCCUCACACUGAUGCCCCACCCUUCAACCCCUACAGAGAGAGUAACAUCAGUGCUGUGAACUUCACUGUACAAGCUGUGGAUGAGAAAGUCAUGGUCCACAUCAUAGAUCCUCUGACCAGUAUUCAUCAGACUGACAAGCAGCUCAGCAUCAGAGACAUUCUCAAAAAGGACCUCAAGUAUAAGAUCAGCUACUACAAGGCUGGAAGUACAGGCAAGAGAGACAUCAUAUCUGACUCCAAUACAGCAGAGGUGUCGGGGCUGGACGCAGGACAGAGUUAUUGCUUCAUGGUGGCAGCUUUCAUCCCCUCCAGAGCCAAAGGCACCCAGCAGGGAGCCUGGGGCAUACAGCAGUGUACACCUGGAGAACCUAACAUUGUGCAAGACUUAAGCCUUGGAGCGUGGGUCGGUAUAGUCUUCAUCAUGCUCACAGUCCUCAUCAUCAUCAUCACAGUGACAGUCCUCUGCUGCAAAUGCUGCCGACAAAAGAACCCAUCUCAGUCAUCAGCACCUGUUUAGUGUGUGUGUGUGUGUGUGUGUGUGUAGGUGUCUUUCAAGCACAGAGAGCUGGUCUCUCUUCAGUUUUCUAUCUCCUCUUUGUUUCUAGGAAAACAUCCUUUUACAUUGCUAGGUUGUGUGUUUACAGUAUAAUGUAGUUUGCAUUUUUUAUUUUUUGUUUUCAUUUACAUGAAUGUGAACAUAUGCAACUUGUUCCAACAAUGCAACUGUGUUAAGGUCAAACUAUCUGCAUUUUAAGCACCACCUGUGCAUUUCUUGCAUUCAUCCUGUGUGUGUGAUCAUUUGUACAUCAAGAAUCAUGUACGGCUUGGCUUUAGAAUAUCAAACGCUAACCACAGCAACAGUUCACAUUAGAAGAGUUGUGUCAGAAGCUCGUUUAGAAGAUCUAAACUAUGAUUUGUCUACCUGUUAGAUUGUAUGAGUGCAGACUAAAUGUAUAACAUUCCCUGACAACUUUAUUCCCAAGUCUUAUCUAUCCUCUUUUUUAACUCAUUAUUACAACCCAGUUGGGCUCACACUGUCUCCUUUAAACUUAUUUUUCAUGAUUUAUUCUUUGUAUUAAGCUUUCCCUAAAAGUUUUGUCAGACACAAAUCACUACUAACAGUACAGUAAACCAUGCUCUAUAGUGGCACCUAGUGGCUGUACCAUGAAACUACAAUAACAUUAGCAAACUCAUCUCUUAAAAACCAUAUUCAUCUAUUGUCUUAUGUGUAAUUCAGACUCUUCAUUCUUUUGUUUUUAAUGUCAGAAAAGAAACUUUUGUUGAUCAAAAGGAUGGAAAAGCAAUAAAACAAUAAAAAUGGCAAAGCAACAAGA